AAAACACGCUACAAAUACUUUCAAUCCGUCCCUCUAGUUUCUUUGUCAACACAAGGCUUUUUUUCCCUUAACCAUUCCGUCAUGCGAAAAAACAUGAAUUUCAUCAUAGCAAUUUUGCUCAUCUUCAUUUCAAUCUCUUCCUCCCAAGCUGUCCCUCUUUCCACAAAGUCAAGAUGGAUCGUAGAUGAGGACACAGGGAGAAGAGUAAAACUUGCUUGUGCAAAUUGGGAAGGCCACGUUUCAAUGUUGCCCGAAGGGCUUCACAAGCAGCCAUUGGAUCACAUUGCUAGGGGUUUUUCUUUGAUGGGAUUCAACUGUGUUCGUCUAACUUACGCCACAUAUAUGUUCACCCACAAUGCGCAUCUCACGGUUGCGCAAAACUUUGAAAACAACAACCUAACCAGUGCCCUAAAAGGGAUGACCAAACACAACCCGCAACUCUUGGGGCUUACCCUUGCGGAUGCCCAGAAGGCGGUCAUCGACGCCCUUGGUUCCCAUGGUGUUAUGGUACUUCUUGAUUGCCAAGUUAGCAAGCCAAUGUGGUGUUGCAGUAAUGAUGAUGGGAAUGGCUUCUUUGGAGACCAGUAUUUUAGCCCUCAGGAUUGGUUGAAAGCUUUGUCUAUUGUAGCCAAAAGAUACAAAGAUACACCAAUGGUUAUGGCAAUGAGUUUAAGGAACGAAUUGCGAGGUCCACUUCAAAACCAAUCCGUUUGGUACAAAUAUGUGGAGAAGGGCGCAAAACUAAUCCACAGGGAAAAUCCAAAUGUUUUGGUCCUGAUUUCAGGCUUAGAUUACGACAUUGAUUUCACUUUCCUCAAGAACAAUCCUUUACCCUUACAAAACCUUAACCAAAAACUAGUCUACGAGACACACAGAUACGCUUUCACCGAAGGUCAACUCGACUUUUGGACCAACACAUCCAUAAACUACAUGUGCAAAAACAUAACCCAAGAAAUUGAGACCAAAUCAGGGUUCCUGAGGAGUGGGAAAGAUGCUGCCCCAUUGUUUAUUACCGAAUUUGGGAUUAACCUGUCCGAAGACGAUCAAGCUGACAGCAGUUUUGUGACUUGUUUGCUGGCUUGGAUGGCUCAAAAUGAUCUUGAUUGGGCCAUUUGGGCUGGUCACGGAAGCUAUUACCUUAGAGAUGGAAAUCAGGAUCCUGAGGAAACUUAUGGAAUGUUUGAUGCGACUUGGAAAAAGGUCAGAAAUCCAGAUUUCCAUACCAAGCUUCAAUUAGUCCUCCAAACCCUUCAAGAUCCGUUUUCAAGACAUGAAACGUACAAAGUUAUGUACCAUCCAUUGAGUGGGACUUGUGGGGUGGCCCACAAGAAUCAAGUCCUAGCAGCUGGUGGUUGUUGGAAAACGACCCAAUGGAGCUACAGGGGAGAAGGAAGUCCAAUUAGACUGAAGGGAACUAAUCGGUGUUUGAUGGCCGUCGGAGACGGGUUGCCGGUGCUUCUUUCCGAUGAUUGUUCCGGCGAAUCGAGCAGCUGGAAAUUGGCCAAGAAUUCCAUGUACCAGCUAGCCAACAAGGAUGAAAAUGGGAAUCAUUUGUGCUUGGAUUUUGAUCCCCAUGUCUCCAAAAUGGUGCUAACGACCAAAUGCAUUGUUGCGGAGGAAGAUGAUCCUGAUUAUAUCAAACUUCAACGCCCAGAGAGCCAAUGGUUCCUUCUUGUUGAUUCUAAUGCAAAAUGAGUUUUCUAGAUUUUUUUUAAAUUUCUUUUCAUGAAUUUUCUAGCCAAGUAGCUGGGAGAUGUGAUCGGGUCUUUUAAUACAGUCAAGAUUUAGAUUUCUUUUUAGAUUCAAUUUAGACUUUUCGGUAUUUAAUUAAGUUAGGUGGCUAGUCUUCAUUUAUUAAUUUAUUAUUGAUUUUUUGUAAUAAUUUUCCAAAUUGAAAUUCUUUGUAUUAUUAUUAUUUUAUUUUUUUUGAAAAAUUCAUGGUGC